GGUGGAGCACCUAACUUCUUGGAACUCCUUUAAGUGUCAACCAUGGACCCGCCCCUGGAUCCCCGUUUUCGUCGUAUCUACAACGCGGACGAGGUAGCUUCUAUUGAAGACUAUCCCUUUCUGGCUGCUCUCCUCGUCAACAAGCAGCUUUGGUGUGGCGGCGCCAUCAUUGAUGGAGACACCGUGAUAACAGCUGCACAUUGUUUACAAUUACAAUACAACAACCGUUUCUUUCGAGAAUACGUGAAGAUGUUGUCAGUGCGAGUAGGUUCAUCCAAUGCAACUUAUGGUGGAGAACUGUAUCGAGUCACCGAGAUAUUCUUUCAUCCUAAUUACAAGCCAAACACACUGGAAUUUAACUUGGCCAUCUUAAAACUUCACAAAAAUAUAACACCGGACCAACCUAAUACACAUGUAGCCCAGAUUGACUACUCCAGUGAUAAAAAUAUACCCACCGAUAGUAAUAUUACGUUUCUUGGCUGGGGCUCCGUCAUGGGCUUCGGAGGCCUUGGGGGACAAGUUCUUCUCCAGAAAAUAGUUUUGCCGGUCUACGAUCUGGCAGAUUGUCAGGAAAUUUACGGAAGAGAUCUCGUCACCAGAAGUAACUUCUGCGCAGGAUAUAUAACUUUGACCAAAAACGUGUGCAAUCACGAUGCAGGAGGUCCAGCUAUAAUGGACGGUCUUCUAGUUGGUAUUCUCUCUUUCUCAUCCAAACGCUGCGAUGAACGCGACCAGCCAGCCGUCUUCACAACAGUAGGAGCAGUUGCUAACUGGAUUGAGACGCUAGGAGAUAAGCAGAUCAAACUCACGAAAGAAGUCAUUAAAAACCCCGACUAGCGUCAGAAGUUGGAAUGAAACAAGAAUAUCAGUUUAUUAAUAUAUUUCUUCUAAUACUGUACAAGCAAUUGAGACUAAAUGUAACACGCAAAAAUAAAAACAUUAAUAUUAAUUUUAAAACUCCAUAUAUUUCUAUUCAACAUAUAACAUUGAAUAACAUACAAUUUAAUAAUAUAUAUUUAUUUUUUUUGUGUUCGUAAGCGGAUCCUCCAAGGUCACAAAUGGAAUGAUAUCGAGCUGAUUAUAAUUAAAUGUUUAGGAUAAUAAAUAUUAAAUGGCUUUAAGCUAUCUGUAUAUACAGCAUACGACAGCCAUUUUGUUUGGCGCGAAAUUU